GUAGCCCAAUCCAUAAGAAAUAGUGCGCUAUAAAACAAUAACAAUGAGGUCGCUGGUCGCCCUAGCCGUGCUAGCAUGUGUCGUGGUAGCUUGUUCAGGACGGGAGGAGCAGCAGGGAGACCUGGUCGCAGCGGCCAGUCAUCACGGUCAUCAUCACGAAGAAGGAGGCGGCAAGGAGCACCACUCACAUCAUCACCACGAACAUGGAGAAAAAGGGCACAAAGGACACAAAGGACAUCAUCAUCAUCAUAAGGGAGAACAUGGUCAUCACGGCAAACAUCACCAUGCGGGUCAUCACCACGAACACGGAGGACAUCACAAGAAGCACUGGGAUGAGCACGACCACCACGGGAAACAUCACGAGCACGGACACCACCACAAGGGUGGCAAGCAUCAUCACAAGAAGCAUCACGAUAAGGGUGAAGAAGUUGAGGGCUACCACAAGAAAUACCACAAAGACGAGUACCACAAAGACCAUCACUUCUACGAUGACCACCACAAGGAAGGCAAGCAUCACAAGCACGGACACCACCACGGACAUCACGAGAAACACGGUGGACAUCACAAGAAAGGCGGACACCAUCACUCCGGUCAUCAUGAAGAGCACCAUGGCAAGAAAGGACAUCAUGACAAACACCAUUACGAUGAAGACCAUAAAGGACAUAAAGGCCACCACGGCCAUGAGGAACAUCACCACCAUCAUCACGACCACGGGAAGAAAGGUGGUCACGAAGACCAUAAACAUUGGGGAUUCCACCACGGCAAGCACUGA